UAUGUUAAAUCGUUUGAGUUUGAAUUAGAAGAAAGAACCAGAAAAGAUGAUAUAUUAUCGACACAGAACAUAUCAUUGGCAUGGCGAAAUUUAUCAUACGAAGCAAGUGGUUGGUUUGGCAAAGGGAAGAAAUCAAUAUUGAAACGUUUGAAUGGCCAUGUCACUUAUGGCAGUAUGAAUGCAUUUCUUGGGCCAAGUGGUGCUGGGAAGACCACAAUGCUCAACUGCUUGAAUGGAACAUUGCGUAAUGGUAUCACAUCGGACUCGGAAAUUUAUCUGAAUCAGGCGGAACCAACUCAAACACCAAUUAUUCGUUUCGUUGAGCAACACAUUCACGAAACUAUCAUCGCUCGAAUGACUGUUCGAGAAAUCCUGCAUUAUGCAUUCCGUUUCAAGAAUCCAAUGAGUAAAUGGAAUCAAAUGGAUAAACAUAUACGGUCGGUAUUAAGUGAACUUUUACUCGAUGAAACUAUAUUGAAUAAUCAUUUCGAAAAAUGUUCCGGGGGUGAACAACGACGAAUAGCAAUUGCUCAAGAACUGAUGUCGCUAGAGAAGCCAACAUUUUUAUUUGUUGAUGAACCAACAACCGGACUUGAUAGUAAUGCCGCUGUAUUGGUAAUGGAAUGUCUGAGAAAAUUAGCUGAUAAUAGCCGAUUGACCAUUUUAGUAUCGAUUCAUACACCAAAUUCAGAUAUCAUGAGCUUAUUUGACAAAGUUUUCAUUUUGGCCAAAGGUGGUGUUUGCAUCUAUUCAGGCCCUCCAGACAAUUUGCGUGACAAUUUGAAGCAAAAAAUCAGUCAUGAAUUUGACACAGAAAAACCGCCAAUCGAAGAAUAUUUAGAAAUUGCUUGUGAAGGCAUACAAAAUGAAUUCGUACGUAAAUUGACUGAUUCAACUUUAUUGGAACAGCAUGAAAAAUUGGAUGCAUUUGUUGAUGAUUUACGAUUUUUAUCGAAUGGUGUACAACAGCGACGAAAAUGGUUUUCAAUAGAUGAUCUCAUUCUACAAUUGUAUCGUGUAUUUCGAAUAACAUUCGUUGCCGAAUACAAAAAUUUUCUUAUGCAAUUUCCAUUCUUUUUCUUUUUGAUUACAAUCAUAACCGUAUUGUUCGAUCCAAAUAUGACACAUGCCGAAACAUGUUAUUCAUUCGAAGCUGAUGAUAGUGCAUUCAAUGUAACAUGUCGUGAUAAAUUACAUGCCGAAUCAUUAACAUAUGAUUAUAAAAUGAAUCAAUGGUAUUGGCUUAAUCUGGUUGGUUUAGCUAUAUUAUGUAUGAGUAGUCUAUUCUUCAAUCCAAUACUCAAAGUUUUUCGGAAUGAACAUCGUAAUCAAUGGUAUAGUCUUGGUACAUUCUAUUGGGCAUUUAUGAUUAUUCGUUUCAUCGAAUUGACAAUAAUGGCCGGUUUUAUUGGUUUAAUCGCAUAUUUUGUCAUUGAUCAUCUUUAUGUGGAUCAUUAUCAAAUGAAUUGGAAUCGUUUGGGAAAUUUUAUCUAUUUUAUUUGGCUUACAAAUUUUUAUCAACAAAGUAUUGGCUAUUUUAUUUGUCUAUUAUUGUUGGACAAAAUUGAAGUAUCUAUUGUAACGUCAUAUAUGAUUGCUGUUAGUGAACAAUUUUUUACCGGUUAUAUGUUCGAUCCAUAUAAAAUGAAAAAUAUGCCUUCAAUAUUUUUACGAAUGUCCGAAUUAUUAUCAUUUAAAACUAGUCCUAAUGGAUUAAUGUAUACAAUGUAUGGAUUGGAUCGAUGUCUGGAUGAAAAACAAAUCUCAUUUGUACUCGAUGAUUUCGGUGUAAAUGUUGAUACAGUAUAUAGUGAUUCAUAUCUGAUGAUCGUCAAUAUUAUCAUUUUUCGAUCACUUAUAUUCAUUAUGAUGGUUUAUCAUUUUAGCGGUAUUAAUCGAUCCAAAAAUUUUAUCAAAGCAUCAAAAUCUGAUGCUAUUAAAUGUAUCGACUAUGGAAAUCUAUCCGAUCAGAAAGAAGAGAUGAUCGAUUUGUCUAAAACUGUUAGAGUCAAAAAGGAAGAUGAACUUGGAUUUGAAGAUUUUAUACGAGUUUGUUACCUCACUCAAGAAGUUUCAGGUCAUUUGCUACCCGGUUUAACUGCUAAACAAAGUCUGAUCUAUGCUUCAAUGUUGAAAAAUGCUAUGGAAAAUGAGAAUUUGAAUCACGAAGCGAUCGCCAUGAAAAUUCUCAACGAACUAGAUCUGAUCGAUACUAAAGAUACGUACGUGCAAAGUUGUUCAGGUGGUCAACGUAAGCGUUUGGCUUUGGGUUUGGAACUCACAUCCGUACGAAUGCCAAACUUGAUUUGUAUCGACGAACCGACCAGUGGAUUGGAUUCGAGCUCAUCUCAAACCGUCGUGUCAUGUUUACGACAAGUGGCUCAUCAUAACAACAUUUGCAUCAUCACUUCGAUUCACCAACCUAAUGUAGAAGUAUUGACUAUGUUUGAUCAGGUGUAUGUAUUGGCCAAAGGUGGUGUCUGUGUCUAUUCGGGUCCACCAUCCGAUAUUCGUCAGCAUCUAUCAAAAGUGUCUGAUCGAGUGGAUCGCGAUGACAUCUUUCCAGUUGAAGAAUUGAUUAAGUAUUCUUGUCUCAAUUAUGAAGAUUCUUCCGUUCAGGAUUUGGUAGCCUCUUCGGAUUUGCAAAUUACAUCACAAGACUUGAUCGUGUCGGAAGAAACAACUCCUGUUAUGGAUGGCAUACCGACAAAUAGAAAUCGUUUCUCCAUGAAAUCUGUUCGAGUUUUAAUGAUGCGAUAUACCUUCUAUGUUCUUGGUUACUUAUGGCCGAUUCUUUGUCUAAUGUAUGGUCUUUAUCUGUGUUUUGGAUUGACAUUAAACAUUCUAUUUGAUCAUAACAUGAUAUUCACUGAUGGUUGUGUCGACCUUCAAGAUGAAUUUAAUAGUACUUGUAAUCAAACACAGGAUAAAGAAGAUGAAGAUUUUCAUCUCGAUGCUUCAUUCAUAUAUGUUUGUUUUGGUUAUGGAAUGUUUUUGUUUCUUGUAUUGGUUCAAUCUGCCAUAAUGUUUUCGAAAGAGAUGGUAUUUUUUCGUAAUGAACAUCGAAAUGGUUGGUAUAGUACUGGUGCAUUUUAUUUCAUGAAAAUAUGGGUCGAAUUAUUGCCACAAAUUCCAAUCUUUCUCAUCUAUACACUUUUGAUUGAUAUCUAUGAACCUGUACGUCCUGGGAUAUAUUUUUCCAUUGCUUUCUAUGUAAUUCUUGGCGCAACAGCCGUUCAAUCAGUUGGUCAUCUAUUAUCAAUUGUAACAAUGGGUGAAUUUGUUGCAUUAGUUAUUUCGAUUCCGGGCAUCGAAGCUAUUUUCUUAAUGGUUAGCAAUUUAGGAACACCAGUCAAACGUUUACAUUAUAUUCUACAAUUUAUAUCGAAUUUUGCACCAACACGAUUCGGUAUUGAAGCAAUGUUUCUAUUACAAUAUGGAUUCGAUCGGUGUGGCCUGAAAGAAGUGCAGAAAAUUCUUUUCAAAUUGAAAAUGGAAAAUGAUGAACAUGAACAUCAUGCUUCAUUUCUUCUACAAACACUUAUCAUGUUAAUAUUUAAUUUAAUAUUUUAUCGUUUAGUUUCCUUAUUGUUGCUCAUCAUUAGAUUUAAUCAUUUCAAUAAUCGCCGUAAACGCGCACAAAGAAUUUCUGAUUUUCAUAAAAAUCUUAAACCAUCAAACGUUAUUAUACCCGGUCUACAAUGUGAUACUGAAUUAAUAAUCAAAAGGAUUGAAGUAUGAAGAAAUUUCUCUUCUUUAUUCGAUGAAUUCAUUAAAUUUGUUGCCAUCAUUAAAACAAACUAAUAACUCAAAAUGACACACAUCGUCACUAUCAAAGAA